UUACCUUUUAGCAGCAGGACGUUGACUCAAGUCAGACAUGAAUCAUCUGCUGUGUCCCCUGGACAUAGGAUCUCUGCAAUAACUACUAACAAUGAUUCUGUGUCUGUCAGUUGGACAGAUGGAAGCACUGCUGAUUUUCACCACAUCUGGCUGCGAGAUCAUUGCCGGUGUCCUCAGUGUUAUAAUUCUACCACACAUCAGAAAGAGUUUAAUAUUGUGGAUAUACCCCUUGACAUUAAACCUUUUGAUGUGUCCUUGAAUGGUCCUGACAGCUUGUCAAUCAAAUGGCCAGACAGCCAUGAAACUGAUUUUGACGCUGAAUGGUUAAAACAGAAUUGCUAUGGGAAGCAAGGUGCCUUUGCAGUAACCAGGCAAGCAGAACAGAAGCAAAAGCAUUUCUUGUGGGACAAAAACAGCAUUGAAACAAACUUACCUUGUCCCCUUCAAUAUGGCAAGAUCACUUCUGACAAUGACGAACUCAGUACACUCUUUUUUCGGAUUGUUAAGUAUGGCUUUGCAUUUGUAGAGGAUACACCCACCACUGUUGAUGCUGUAGAAAAUGUGUCUAAACUAUUAGGUGGUUUUGUCAAGGAAACACACUAUGGCAAAGUGUGGGAAUUUUCAAAUGAGGUGAUGGAAUAUGCAGACACUGCAUACACUUCAGAUUACCUCCGUGGACACGUCGAUAGCACCUAUUUCUCCCACCCUUCUGGGCUUCAGUUGUUGCAUUGUGUUGGGCAUGAAGGAACAGGCGGACUGAAUUUGCUGGUGGAUGGUUUCUUCGCAGCAGAAAAGCUGAGACAAGAAGACAAGGCGUCCUUUGAAAUCCUGUCAUCCACGAUUGCCCGCUUUCACUACAAGGAUGAAGACCUUCAUUUGAAAGCACAUGGGCCAAUCAUUGAAACAGAUCCAUUUGAUGGCUCUUUGUCCCAGAUAAGGUUUAAUAAUUACGAUAUGGAUGUCAUGGAUUGGUUGAAAUAUGAUGAAGUUACUCAGUUUUACAAGGCUUUAAGAGCAUACAGUGCUAUCACGUGUGCCCCUGAGAAUCAAUUCUGGUUCAAGUUGGUUCCUGGUUUGUUGUUGAUCAUGGGUAACUGGCGGGUUCUCCACGGAAGGUCAUCAUUUACAGGAAAGCGGUCCAUGCAAGGGUGCUAUAUCAAUGGAGAUGACUUCUUUGGAAAAUACAGAGCAAAAGUAUUGGCUCUAAAGAAGACUUAA